AUGGCCGACCAGGAGCGCGAGCACGCGCUCUCGCAGUUCAAGGAGCGGCUCAUCGAGUCGCGCGAGUGGGAGGCCAAGCUCAAAGACCUGCGGCUCGAGAUCAAGGGCUUACAACGCGACUUUGACCAGACGGAGGAGAACAUCAAGGCGCUGCAGAGCGUGGGCCAGAUCAUCGGCGAGGUGCUCAAGCAGCUGGACGAGGAGCGGUUCAUCGUCAAGGCGUCGUCGGGCCCGCGGUACGUGGUGGGGUGCCGGUCCAAGGUGGACCGGGCCAAGCUCAAGCAGGGGACGCGCGUGGCGCUGGACAUGACGACGCUGACGAUUAUGCGCAUGCUGCCGCGCGAGGUGGACCCGCUGGUGUACAACAUGUCGCUCGAGGACCCGGGCCAGGUCAACUUUGCGGGCAUUGGCGGGCUCAACGAACAGAUCCGCGAGCUGCGCGAGGUGAUUGAGCUGCCGCUCAAGAACCCGGAGCUGUUUCUGCGCGUCGGCAUCAAGCCGCCCAAGGGCGUGCUGCUGUACGGGCCGCCCGGCACGGGCAAGACGCUGCUGGCGCGCGCGGUGGCGUCGAGCCUGGAGACCAACUUCCUCAAGGUGGUGUCGUCGGCGAUUGUCGACAAGUACAUUGGCGAGUCGGCGCGGCUGAUCCGCGAAAUGUUUGGCUACGCCAAGGAGCACGAGCCGUGCAUCAUCUUCAUGGACGAGAUCGACGCGAUUGGCGGCCGGCGGUUCUCCGAGGGCACCAGCGCCGACCGCGAGAUCCAGCGCACGCUGAUGGAGCUGCUCAACCAGCUGGACGGCUUCGACUACCUGGGCAAGACCAAGAUCAUCAUGGCGACGAACCGCCCCGACACCCUCGACCCGGCGCUGCUGCGGGCCGGCCGGCUGGACCGCAAGAUUGAGAUUGCGCUGCCCAACGAGGUCGGGCGCCUGGAGAUUCUCAAGAUCCACGCCGCCAGCGUCAUCACCGAGGGCGACAUUGACUUUGAGAGCGUCGUCAAGAUGAGCGACGGCCUGAACGGUGCCGAUCUGCGGAACGUCGUGACAGAAGCCGGCUUGUUUGCCAUCAAGGACUAUCGGGACGCGGUCAACCAGGACGACUUCAACAAGGCAGUGCGCAAGGUCGCAGAGACAAAGAAGCUGGAGGGCAAGCUGGAGUACCAGAAGCUGUAG